AUGCCUGCAGUGGACACCGACGUGAAUACAGUGAAGUUCUUCAAUCUGGAAAGGUUCAGGAACUGGAGCUUCCCGGCUGGACGGUGGAAGGAUCCAGAGCCCACCCAGAAACUUCAAGCAGCUGAGCUAGAAGAUUCUCAGGAACUGCAACACGGCCUGCAGGGGCCCUUCACCACUGCUGGCCUGGUGGGGCCAGUGCCUGUGCCCCAAAUCCCCGCUGACCAGGGAGGAGUCACCAUGUGCUCUGAGACCAGCUCCAGGUACACGGGCAUGCUGCUCUUGCCCCUGGCCACUGCUGCCAUCAUCGCCAACCUCCUGCUGUACUUUCCCAAUGGGCAGGUGCUGGAGCCUGCCAAGAUCACAGACUUGGUCUGGUUUUUCCACGGCUUUCUUGGAGCUGGACUCUUGGUUAUGGUGCCAGCGCUAAUGCUGUUGAGAGGAGGUGGAGGGGGCUGCUGUGCCCACAGAUGUGGGAUGCUGUUCCCUGUGCUUCUGGCCAUACAGGGCACUAUGGGGGCUGUGUACUGCGUGAUCAUUUCUUCACUGGGUUUGCUCAGCGGCCCCUUCUGUGACACAGGCAGUGGAAACUACACCUACCCGUUCAGGAAUGACAGCCUCGAGGACAACUACUUAUUCAACCAGCCCUCCUGGGCCACGUGCCGAGAGCCUGAGCACAUCGUCCUGUGGAACGUGGUCCUGUUCUCCAUCCUCUUAGGGAUCGGCGUGGUCGAAGCCCUGCUCUGCCUUAGCCAAGUCGUCAGUGGGCUCUGUGACGUCUACUGUGGUACCUGCAUCCGAAAAGGACAGGUGAACAUAACUGGUCUGUAA